AUGGCGGAGCUACAAAUGCUUUUGGAAGAAGAAAUUCCAGCAGGUCGAAGCGCUCUGCUGGAUAGUUUUACUAAUUUGGAAAGAGUCGCCGAGUAUUGUGAGAGCAACUAUGUCCAGUCUCCAGAUAAGCAGCGAGCACUGGAGGAGACCAAGAAUUACACCACUCAGUCGUUGGCCAGUGUGGCCUACCUGAUCAACACGCUAGCCAACAAUGUCCUGCAGAUGCUGGAUAUCCAGGCCUCCCAGCUACGCCGCAUGGAGUCAUCCAUCAACCACAUUUCUCAGACGGUGGACAUUCACAAAGAGAAGGUGGCCAGGCGAGAGAUUGGCAUCCUCACAACCAACAAAAACACAUCCCGCACACACAAGAUCAUUGCCCCAGCCAAUCCUGAGAGGCCUGUGCGCUAUGUCCGCAAGCCUGUUGACUACAGCAUACUGGAUGACAUGGGCCAUGGAGUCAAGUGGUUGCAAAGGUUUAAGGCAAGUGCUCAGAGCAUGAAAGCUGGUGGUGGAGGUGGACUCCCUCGCACAAAUCCCCCAACACAGAAGCCACCCAGCCCUCCUAUGAGCGGGAAGGGGACCCUUGGGCGACACUCCCCAUAUAGGACGCUCGAGCCAGUGCGUCCUCCCGUUGUCCCUAACGACUACGUCUCGAGCCCGACGCGCAACAUGGCGCACCCCCUGCAGAGCCCAGCACGCAAUGCAUCUGUUAAUCAGAGGAUACGCACGUACAGCAGCGGGAGCAGUGGAGGCAGUCACCCCAGCAGUAGUCGCAGCAGCAGCCGGGAAAACAGCGGCAGUGGCAGUGUGGGCGUGCCCAUCGCUGUGCCUACACCGGCCCCGCCUACAGCCUUCCCAGGUGCUCCUCAGUUCUACAGCAUGAACCGCCCAGCACAGCAGCCCCAGAACACCCAUGUGGGAGGCUCGCUGCCGUACCGCCGACCCUCGUCUGUCACCGGCCAGCCUAACAUGGCACCAAAUCAGAACCAGCUCAACGGUGGACCCCACUUUGCCCAGAAUCAAGGCCCAAUUGCACCCCCUCCCCCAUCCAUGCAGAUCACCCCUCAGCUGCCCCUGAUGGGCUUUGUGGCCCGAGUUCAGGAAACCAUCUCAGAUGUGCCGCCACCGCCGCCCCUUGCCGAUGAGCCUGUGUUCGAGGACCCAACACCACCUCCUCCCCCACCAGAGGACUACGAGGAUGAUGAGGAAGAAGAAGAGUCAGCAGUGGUGGAAUACAGUGACCCGUAUGCGGAGGAGGACCCACCUUGGGCGCCACGCAACUACCUGGAGAAAGUGGUGGCCAUCUACGACUACAGUCGGGACAAAGAAGACGAGCUGUCCUUCCAGGAGGGGGCCAUCAUCUACGUGAUAAAGAAGAACGAUGACGGCUGGUAUGAGGGUGUGAUGAACGGAACCACAGGCCUCUUCCCGGGCAACUACGUGGAAUCCAUCAUGCACUACGCAGAUUGA